AUGCGUGUUAAUGCUCGGGGGUUUGUUCAUUUGGCACCUUGCUUGCGGUCCUCUUUCGACCGAGUCCCAGUCAUCGCAUCUUUUCAAUGCCCUAUUCAUCGAACGAUCUGCCACCAUGCGCGACGCAUCUCGGCGCGCCCUCGCGUACCCGCGGCGCUCCCACCAGUUGAACAAUACAGAGGCGCGAAAACGAAGGCAACGGUCAAAUUGAAGGACCUUCCACAAGGCGUCGUCAAAUUGGAACCAUAUGAUGAUGGUGUAGACGAUGCUCCUCGAUAUCCUACUGUGGUACAAGGGCAUCGUAACAAUAUGCAGAAGUUCAAGAACUGUGUGAUCCUUACAAGAGUUGGAGGCUUUUACGAGCUUUACUUCGAACAAGCUGAAGAACUGGCGCCACUGCUCAGCUUGAAACUUGCGUCCAAGAAAACCAGCGCCGGACCGGUUCCUAUGGCCGGGUUCCCUUUCUUCCAACUCGACCGCUUCCUCAAGAUACUCGUUCAAGACCUCAACAAAUACGUGGCAAUCAGCGAGGAAUUUGCUAUUGAGGCAGAGGACAAGAUGAAAUCUGGAGGUCUGAUGUGGGACCGAAAGGUGGCCAGAAUCAUCACACCGGGGACAUUAAUCGACGAGAAGUUUAUCGAUCCUUCCGAGAACAAUUUCUUGCUCGCAAUAUACUUGGAUGUUACGGCCUUAGCCGCGCAAUCAAAGCAGCAGGUGGAUGCACAAUCGUCGCAGCACAUAUUAUCCUCUGUACCACAGCCUGUAGGCUUGUCUUGGAUGGACUUGUCUACGGGCGACUUCUAUACUCAGCUCACGACACUGCAGAUGCUGCCAUCGGCUAUCGCCAGAAUUGGGGCUCGAGAGAUUCUCGUUGAUCAGAAUGUUCAAGACCUCAUUGGACAGGAAUUGCAAAUGCUAGUCGGACAUGAGCAUCGGUUGGUCACAUUCUUCCGAUUCCCGGAAAGCAUUGCCCCGAUGUCCGAAUGGGAUUCCAUGCUCGAAGCUCCCAUCCCAGAAGACACUCGUGCCUCAUUUACCACCGAGGAAAUAGCAGCUGGGUACAGCCUACUUGAGUACACUCGAGUACAGCUGCAGAGGACAGACCUCAAACUACUGCCUCCGCGCCGGCGGCACCUGAACGAAUCUAUGAGCAUCGACCGGAACAGUUUGAGGGGCCUUGAGAUUCUAGAGACUGCGAGGGAUGGGUUUGGUAAAGGAAGCCUGCUUCAUGCUGUCCGCAGAACAAGCACUAAAAGUGGUGCUCGUCUUUUGCGGGACCGACUGACCUCUCCAUCUACAUCCAUACAAGUCAUUAAUGAUCGAUUGGACCUUGUCUCAGUGUUCAUUGAUAACAUCGACCUUCGCGACGGCGUAAUCCAGCUGCUUAAACGGAGCUACGAUGCUCAACGGUUGGUUCAAAAGUUUGCGCUUGGCAAGGGAGAUGCAGACGACUUGAUUUGCCUUUCCCGGGCCAUCGAAGCUUCCAAGGGGGUUAGACAGGUUCUCACCGACCACGCAAGGCAAUUGCAUCGGUCAGACGCGAAACAAAGUCUAGCAUCCAUGAUCUCGAGGCUUCAUCUCGAUGGUCCAAUUGCGCUCGCAGAGCGAAUACUCGCUGCCAUCGACGAGGAAGGUCUCCUUCAGCAGCAGCGUAUUCAAGAUAGCACAGCCGCUGAAACAGCCCGCCUUGCCCAAGAAGUUGCUUUGAAUGAAGGCACUCCCAGUGAGCUGGAGGCACUGCCAAAGAAAGUUCGCGCCAAAUCCAGCGAGCGCACUGCAACUGCAGAUACAGAAGCAGGCCCGGCCGAGACAUGGAUCAUGCGCCGUGACGCCAGCAAGACACUGAAAUCUCUCCACGAGCAAUUGGACGCAUUCUUCGAUGAAAAGGGUACACUCACCCAGCGUUUGCGAGACUCUGUGGGCUCCACCAAUAUUACUCUCAAGUGGACCCCUGGACUCGGCCACAUUUGCCAUGUCAAAGGUGCCAAGAUUUCCCAGCAGUCCCUCGAAGAUCUAGGCGUCACGCGCAAUGUGUCGUCUACCAAAUCCACCCGCUCCUUUUACCUUCCGGCCUGGACCGAACUUGGGAACCGCAUGGACAACGUGAAACUGCGAAUCCGACAAGAAGAACAGGCUAUUUUCGAGCGCCUGCGCCGUGAAGUCAUCCUCAACCUGGUCAAGAUCCGGCGGAACGCGGCCGUCAUGGACGAGCUCGAUGUAGCCUGCUCAUUCGCCACCUUAGCCCAAGAACAACAAAUGGUACGACCAAUUCUCAACGAAGGCACAACGCACAAGAUCGCCAGCGGACGGCACCCAACCGUGAAACUGGGGCUGGAAGAACAGGGUCGCACGUUUGUUAGCAACGACUGCUUCCUCGGCGAGCGCGAGCGCAUCUGGCUCAUCACAGGCCCCAACAUGGCCGGUAAAAGCACCUUCCUUCGGCAGAAUGCACUGAUCACGAUCCUCGCACAAGUCGGCUCCUAUGUGCCCGCUGCAUAUGCCGAGAUCGGGCUCGUCGACCAGAUCUUCAGCCGUAUCGGGGCCGCGGACGACCUAUUCCGAGAUCAAUCGACGUUCAUGGUCGAGAUGCUGGAAACUGCAGCUAUCUUGAAGCAGGCUAGUCCUCGUUCCUUUGUGAUCAUGGACGAGGUCGGUCGGGGUACGACCCCGGAGGACGGGACUGCGGUUAGCUUCGCAUGCCUUCACCAUUUACACUACCGAAACCGCAGCCGCGUGCUAUUCGCCACACACUUCCAUGGGCUGGCGGACAUGACAAAGUCGUUUGAGUGUUUGGAGCGAUAUUGUACUGAUGUUAAGGAAAGUCCCGGCGGUGGGUUCUCCUUUGUGCAUCGCUUGCGUAAGGGGGUGAAUCGGGAGUCGCAUGCACUCAAAGUGGCCCAGUUGGCCGGGCUGCCGAAGGAAACUCUUGAGCUUGCGUCCCGUAUUCAAGGGCAGCUGAGAGGAGAAAUGGGCACUCCAAACGCGGCCAGUGAGAUCUGUGAGACUUGCGAAGAGGACCGACCUCUUUCACACAGUGCCUAG